AUGAACCGGAUGGCCACUGCACAAAGACUUCUCAUCACUAUGUCCUGCGAAGCCAGCAUUCACCGGACGUUGCCUGCUUUCGUUCUCCUGGGUUUUCUAGCUGGGAUUGCUUCAGCACAUCCAGUUGUAAGCAGAACUAAUGGCACAUUGCUGGAAAGAGGAUGGCAAUCUCUGUUGUCCAGGUCCAUUGCUGGGAUGUCAGGGGAGAAGUCAGAUGUGAACUGGGAGAGUGACUAUUUGCUAGGAAUCAAGAGGCAGCGGAGGCUUUACUGCAACGUGGGCAUCGGGUUUCACCUUCAAAUCCUCCCAGACGGAAGGAUAAGCGGAGUUCACAAUGAAAACCAAUACAGUCUCUUUGAAAUAUCCACUGUAGAGAGAGGUGUUGUUAGCCUGUUUGGUGUGAAAAGUGCUCUCUUCAUUGCAAUGAACAACAAGGGGAAGCUAUAUGGAACAGCUGUUUUCCAAGAUGAGUGCAAAUUCAAAGAAAUCUUGCUGCCCAAUAACUACAAUGCAUACGAGUCAAAUGCCCACUGUGGUGCAUACAUAGCGCUCAGCAAACACGGAAGAGUGAAGAGAGGAAACAAGGUUUCUCCUGCGAUGACAGUGACCCACUUUUUACCAAGAAUAUGA